AUGUAUUGCUCAGGAGGUGUAUGCACAUGCUUGAGCACAUUCAUCAUGCGAGAAUAUUAUUGCUAUGAAAAAGUGAAUCCAAAUCAGCCCGGUUGUACAUAUGACAUCCAGUGCGAGUCUGUUUGGCCAGGAGCCAAAUGCCGAAUGGAUAGUAGUGUCGGCACUUGCAGCUGUCCAGAGGAAACCCACGUUGCCCGAGAAACUCGGGAUGGUUGGGUUUGCGUAUCGCUGCUGGAUCACAGUACUGGCGCCACCGUACCACUCUACUUCGUGUGUCCCUUACCAGAAGGGGCAGGGUUCAAAAUAGCUCUGAACGACCCCAACCCUGAAUCGGGAUCGUUGCCAGUUGGAUGUACUGUAGGCUCCUCAGCUACGAUAGAGCCGGUAAUUGGCUUGCAUGGUGGAGGUGCCUGUAUAUGGCCAUCUGAUGGAGAAUAUAUUGGCGACAUCUAUGACUGUCUUCGUACAAGCCCACAUGUCAACCUUGCAUCAAAAUUCCCAUUAUCAUCGUAUGCUCCAACUGCAGACGGCGUGUGCUGCCCUAGCCGAGCUUUGGCAUGCAUUCAGCCCCAAGUCACUGGUCCUAAUCCCACGGAACCACGUUGGUGGUACAACUCAGUGACUGGCACGUGUCAACAAUUUAUGUGGGAUCCCGUCGCAUCUGAAGCUCAACAUCACUCUGCUAACAAUUUUAGAACUAUACAGCACUGCGAAUCCUAUUGCAGAGAUACAUGCCAACGUGGUUCUCCACAAUACUCUGGCGAACAAGGUCUAAAUGGUCAGCGUCCGCUGACUUCUUGUUCAACAAUUACCAGUUGUUCAAACGACUACCAGUGCUCCGCGAUUGGAAGUCAGCACCUGUGUUGUCCCACGCCAGGCUCUGUAUGUUCUGCCCGGGGAGGUCGUCCCUUCGAUUUGGUAUCACGGCCGACCAUCUACCAUGCAGGGUUCUUGGUGAGCACAGGAAGGGAAGCAAUCAGGUUUUACUACGACACGAAUACCGGACGAUGUCAGGACUUUGUUUAUCGUGGUGCUGGUGGUAACUUCAACAACUUCCUUUCAAGACACGAAUGCGAGCUGUAUUGUGCUAGAUUGCAAUGCGAGAGAGGUACACCGCUCCGAGUAGGCGAAGAAGCUCAGAGGUGCCAGCACAAUGGUCACUGUCCUUCUUCCUAUGAAUGCCGUGUUGAUCAAGGAGUUUGUUGCCCUAGAAAACAAACAAUCUGCGCUCAACCACUACGAGUAGGAGACUGUACUGAAAGUGUGAAGAGAUACUGGUACAAUGCUAAGGGCAGACAGUGCCAGAUGUUUGAGUAUACAGGGUGCCAGGGUAACGACAAUAAUUUUGAGACGGUGCUCGAUUGUCAAAGUUUCUGCAAAAAUGCUAUUCCUGAGCCUAAGUGCAUCCAAGGCCAAGCCUAUAGAAAUCCAUUUGGCGAUUUUGUCACCUGCAACACUGGUGCUGGCUGUCCUUCUAAUUAUGAAUGCUACUACGAUGGAGAGCAAUGGGGAUGUUGCCCUUCAAAAGGAUGCCCCUACGGUGGAACUCCACUCCGUGAUGAUUCUGGAAUGACAGCAACUUGCUCAACGCAGGAAAAUUGCCCUUCUUCCCAUGAAUGCGGUCCCGUGAUCGUUGGAGGCAGUACCAUCAAUCGCUGCUGUCCUACGAGAUCGUAUAUGUGCGGUCUUCCACCUCAGCAAGGCAGUCAGUGUGGAGCGAACUUCGUGACUCGGUACUAUUUCAACAUCGUCACCGGCCAAUGCACGCCUUUCCAAUUUGGAGGAUGUGAUGGAAACUACAACAAUUUCCUAACUUCACAACAAUGCCGGAGUUUUUGUUAUAGCAGCUCUUGUCCUGCUGGAAAUGUAGUUUACGUGGAUCCGAACUCGCAGAUGCCCAUACAGUGCAAUGAAGCCCUCAGCAAUAGCUGUCCUCCUGGUUAUACUUGCACCUUCAAUGCAUUGAUUAAUGGUCAUGUAUGUUGUGGAGCUACUGACAACGGAGUUUGCCCCGAAGGCGAAAAAGCAUUCGUCAGCACUGCGGAUAUGUCUCCAAGAGAAUGUGUCGUGAGUAUGGACGCAUCCUGUCCUGCAAGUUACCUUUGUCGUUUCAAUAUGCAAAGAAACAAGUAUUUUUGCUGUGCAAGCGUCUCGGGAAGAACCUGCCCAAUUGGGAAGUUCUUGCACCGAGACUCUAUGUCACUUGUACCCACGCGAUGUACCAUGGGCAGAUCUGAGCAGUGCCCAGAUGGCUAUACAUGCCAAAAUUACCUACCCAAUUCUGCACAAGGUUUUUGCUGCACGAAUAAUUCUGUCUGUCCUGAUGACGCAGAAUUUGUGGUUGACGAACAGUCUCAGCUACCGCGAGCUUGCACUAUGGGUUCAUUUGUCAGUUGUCCUCAUGGUUAUGCAUGCAGGUCACUAACAUCUGCUGUUGAAGGAUUCUGCUGCAGAACAGGAUCUACAACUAAAACACCUUCUACAGAUGGAUGUCCUCCUGGCAAUUAUGUUUUUAUGAAAGGCGACGAGGUUGCUUCAUGUGACCCAUUCAAUCCUCCUAACGCUCCUUGUCCUGACGGAUUUACCUGCCAGUGGUCUGUAGCGAACCAAAAAUACCAAUGCUGUGGCUCAAAUCCUGCUCCUCCUCCUCCUCCCAUUAAUGACGGUUGUCCGAAUGCCCAAUUAGCCUAUAGGGAUAGAGGAACUGUGCAGAUCUGCACGGCUGGCUCAUCUACCUGCCCUCCAGGAUAUUUUUGCCAAUUUUCCGCUUCGAACCGCCAAUUUCAGUGCUGUGGCGUCAGCGGAGGUUGUCCUGCCGAAUCAGUGGCUUUCGUCGGUCUAUCAGGGGAACCACAGCAAUGUGUUUUGGGUCAGUCGAAGUGUCCUGUGGGAUUUGCAUGUAGUCGAUCGGUUGCUGGACAUCACAUUUGCUGCACCAAGAAGAAAAAGGAAGCCUGCUCCGACAAGGAAAUGUUGAUUGACGGGAUGUGCCUAAAAACAGCAGCGCCAGGAGCAGCUUGCUUGAAAUCAGAGCAGUGCUUGGGAGGGUCAUUGUGCCAUUCCGGAAUCUGUGAAUGCCCUCCACCAACAGUCCCAAUUGGGGGAUUCUGUCAAGAAGAGAUAAAAUGCGGUCCUGAGCAAGUCAAGCAUGGCGCUCUAUGCCAUAACAAGGUGGAAUUAGGCAAACCCUGCGUCAUCAACGAACAAUGUCCUAGUCGAUCUUCAUGUAUUAAUGAAGUGUGCGCUUGCGAUGCUCCUUUGACGGAACUUCUUGGAAAAUGCGUCUCACCAAGUGCCCGAUCAAAGAUCGAAAAGAGCAAGGGUGGAUCAUCCAAAUGUGCGAAUGCCAACUCGAAGCCACUCCUAUCAGAUGAGACGGGAAGGGUAGUGUUCUGUAGUCCUAAGACAAAACAAUGCCCAUCCGGGUACACUUGUCAAUUAAACAGUAGAAAAACGCAAUAUAUGUGCUGUACGGAUGAUCCGCAGCUGAAUGAUGAGGUAUGCCCAACUGGUCGAAUCCCUUAUCUUCUCAAUGGGCUCCCACAACGAUGCACAUCGCAACGUUGCCCAAAGGGAUAUGAUUGUACUUAUAGGGAUCAAGACUACAUAUGUUGCUCUUCAAAGGGCAAAGCCGUUAGACGAGUUCCAACAUCAACCCCAGACCACUCAAAGGCGAAACCGUUUACAGUUAACGAUCAAUGUCCUCAAGGAGGCGCUUUGAUCUACCCAUCUACGCGUAUGCCUGUAAUUUGCAUUCCAGGAAAGAAAGGAUGUCCUCCAGGAUAUGCUUGUAAGAAGAGCAUUGCAUCCGACCAAUAUGUGUGUUGCUCGUCAAGAUUUCGAUUGAGCGCUUUCCCAGGUCCACCCUGUGAAGGCUACUUGGUGCUAGUUUCCAGAGUCAUCGAUGGUAGGGUUGAAGAAAGAUGUGGAAUUUCAGCUUCUUCACAUAAGCAACAUCGACCAGAGCGACAAACUGGUAGCGGUAGAGUUGGCGAUGCGUGUUCCUUCAACACUGAUUGUUUGACAGGCAUGUUCUGCAACUCAGGGCUGUGCGCCUGCUUGACCUCCUACAUAGCCGCCGAAUCAUACUGCUACCAGAAGAUUGAUCCUGGGCAACCCGGCUGCGUCUAUAACGAACAAUGUUCCUCGGUAUGGCCCGAUGCAUAUUGUGACACAUCGGCUGGAGUUGGUACUUGCCGAUGUGGAGAAAACAAAGUCGAAAAAGCUACCCGCGAUGGUCAUGUGUGCCUAGAUAUGCUAGAUGGGAAUCAAAAUGUGCUUGCUAUCACUUGUCCCCUUCCAGAAGGAGCAGGCUACACGUCUGCCCUUUCGGAUUCCAAGCACCCUCGCCAAAACAAUUCACCUGGUCCUGUUCUUUGCAACACCGAGAGCUUGACAACUCACCAGUCUGGCCCAGAAAUAGGUGAUGGGUCUGCGGCCUGUCUUAUUCCUUCUGAUGGCACCUAUGUUGCCGACCUCUACGAUUGCGUUGGCUUUGUAUCGCCGGUGGAUUUGACAUCAUCAGGCUACAGUGAGAAGGCUAAUGGCAUUUGUUGUCCUAACAGAGCUUUCACAUGUAUCCAACCGACGGCAACGGGGCCAAAUCCAACUGAACCGCGAUGGUGGUACAAUGCUAUAACAGGUAUGUGCCAACAAUUCCUGUGGGAUCCUACAGCAACUGGACCAGGUGAACAUUCUCCAAACAACUUCAAGACCAUCGAACAUUGUGAAAGCUACUGCAGAGAUGGUUGCACUAGAGGAGCUCCAGAGUAUGAAUCCAGGUCCACAUUGUUGGAGGAAACCCCAUUAACUGGUUGUUCGCAAGGCACAACAUGCUCAAAUAAUUUUGAGUGUAAGACAGUGGGCAGCUCGCAGUGGUGCUGUCCAACUGUAGCUUCUGUUUGUGGUCCCAUAGGAGGCCGGCCGUUGGAUACAUCUAUCCACUCACGUGGAACGGUCUAUCACGUUGGUGUAGAAAAGCAGGGUACAAGCCCAUCGACGAGAUUCUUCUAUGAUCCAGCCUCGGGAAAAUGCUCUCCGUUCACAUAUCUAGGUUCCUCAGGCAAUUAUAAUAACUUCAUGUCCAGGAUCGACUGCGAGCUGUACUGCGCAAGAUUGCAAUGUGAUAGAGGAAAUCCACUUCGCAUAGGAGAUGUAACUCAGUCUUGUCAGAGUAAUAACGAUUGUCCAUCUUCACAUGAGUGCAAAGUGGACCAGGGAGUCUGUUGUCCGAGAAUGCAAACAAUCUGCACUCAGCCUUUGCGAGUUGGAAACUGCGAUAGAUCUGUACGGCGAUAUUGGUAUUCGGCAUCUUCACGAGAAUGUCAAUCUUUCGAGUUUACUGCUGAACCACGCUGCUUGCAAGGACAAGCUUACAAAGAUAACUCUGGCAAAUUUGUGACAUGCUCAACGAAUAGAGCUGCUUCAUCCUGUCCUGCGAAUUACGAGUGCCAUUAUGAUGGCAGUAUGUUUGGGUGUUGUCCCAGUAAAGCGUACACCUGCUCUUUGGCCCCUAAUCAAGGAAAGACUUGUGGCCCUGGAGUUUCUUUCAAGUUCUUUUACAAUUCACAAACACAGGAAUGCGAGUCGUUCGAAUACCUUGGCUGUGAUGGCAACUCAAACACUUUUGCAUCAAGGCAGGAAUGCGAAUCCUACUGUGGAGUGGGAGGUUGCGCCAACGGUGGAGUCCCUCUACGUGAUAGCUCUGGCUCCAUACAAACCUGCUCAGAAAAGUCUGGCGGAUGUCCAUCAACACACGAUUGCCAGGCUGUCAGCUUGGGACCUGACUCGGUUUCACAUCGUUGCUGCCCAUCUAAAACUUACAUCUGUGGAUUACCACCCCAGCAGGGUUCAUCGCUGUGCUCGGGUGGUACUUCGAUGCUCACUAGAUACUACUUCAAUAUCGUAACCAAGAAAUGCUCUCCAUUUGCAUUCAAUGGUUGUGAUGGCAAUCCCAAUAACUUUGCCACUUUGGCUCAGUGCAAUAACUUUUGCAUGGCUUCAGGUUACUGUCCGCCUGGACGUGCUCCUUACAAGGACUUGAUGAGUACCCGAGCAAUGCGUUGCACUAUGAGUGCUCGAGUCUCCACUUGCCCUGAUGGCUUUGAAUGUCAAAGUGAUCUAAAGGAUGCCUUGCAAGGCUACUGCUGCUCGGUUUCAGACAUCUGCCCUAAUAAGGAAGAAUACUAUGUGGAUGAGACUUCUGGAAUGCCACGAUCAUGUUCUAUAGGACAUUUCGUUACCUGCCCAGCUGGUUUCACGUGCAUGGCCCAGUUUGAUGGGGUAUCUGGAUAUUGCUGCCGAGGAAAAGUGAACCUAACACCAUCGGAUGGUUGCCCACCUGGAGAAGUUGUAUAUAUGGUCAAAAAUGAGGUUGCUGUCUGCGAUCCUUUCAAUCCAACAGAUCAAGGCUGUCCUAGCGGUUUCACCUGCCAGUGGUCGAUAAGAACGCAAAGAUAUCAGUGCUGUGGAGCAAAUUCACUACCGCCUUUGCUUGAGAGUGAUGGAUGUCCUUCUCGACAAGUGGCAUACAAGGAUAUUGCAACUGGCAAACCGCAGAUUUGUACAUCAGCGAGUAUGACUUGUCCGUUAGGAUAUUUCUGCCAGUUUAGUCAGAACAAUAAGCAGUUCCAAAAUGAUUUAACGGGGAAAGGCUACUUUCAGGUUGCCUUCAUCGGAAUUUCCGGCGAACAUCAGCGCUGCUCAAUGAGCGGAGGCCAAGCAUGUCCUGAGGGUUACAGCUGCGUUAGAGGAAGGAACGACGAAGAAAUAUGCUGUGCUGGCGGCGAAGUCUGCGAAGUGACACAAGUGUCAGUGGACGGAAAAUGCUUACCACUUCAACGUAUAGGAAACAAAUGUGAACACAGUUCUCAGUGUUUGGGAGAAUCAUCGUGCACUGGAGGCAUAUGUGCUUGUCCAUCGGGAAUGGUAGAAGAAAAAGAAAGAUGUGUAGCAGCUGUUAAAAGUUGCGACACCAACCAAAUCUUGUUUAAUGAUGAAUGUCUCCCACUAGUAUCUUUGGGCAGGGCUUGCGUUCACACAAUUCAAUGCAAAGGUGGAGGACACUGUGAAGAAGGAGUUUGCACUUGUCCUCUAAAUACAUUUAGAAAGUUUGAACGUUGUGAGCAAAGAGAGCGCCUUGCGUCCUCAACUCCUAGUACUUCAUUCCGCCCCGCUGUGGACGGAUCGACGAAUGAGAAGGAAUACAGGCCAAAAUCUAUGACUAACGUUACAGGUAAUAAUUCUUAA